AUGUCUAUCAUGGCAACCCAGUGUACCGCAUCUGCCAAAAUGGCCUUACCGUCGCUUCUUCGCAGCGUCUUUUAUCCGGAGUUUACCUGCAACCUACGCGCUUCCUCCCUCCGUCAAGAUUCUCGCCCGACAGCAAAACUCCAACAACUUCGACCAUUUAGUUCGACAGCCAGGGCCUACCAGAUUCAGAUCAAGCAGUCCCAGCAUGCGACCACUACAUUGGCCACCCCCCAGUCUUCCUCAUUUUCCACUCCAUCCUCCCCAUCCUCCGCAACCGAACCAACCACGAAUCCAGAUUCACCUCCGCAUGAAACCGCGCCCGUCAGUUCUACCAAGAGAGAAAAGACUAGCCGUGGUAGUUCGAAGAAGGAUGGCAAAGAGCGCAAAGGAUUGAGCAAGGACAGGAAAUUUGACUCUGCGAAGAAGAUUCCCUGGAAAAAGACGAAGCCCGACCCCUGGCAGACCCAGAAAGAUGCCCUGGAGAAGAAAUUUCCGACUGGAUGGAACCCGCCCAAAAAACUCUCGCCUGAUGCGCUGGAAGGUAUCCGACAUUUGCAUGCCACUGCCCCCGAACGAUUCACCACCUCCGUCCUGGCGGAAGAGUUCAAGGUCUCCCCGGAGGCUAUUCGCCGCAUCUUGAAGAGCCGAUGGAGGCCCUCGGAGGCCGAAACCGAGAGUCGGCGCCAGCGAUGGGAGAAACGACACGAGCGCAUUUGGAGUCGCAUGGCGGAGCUGGGUCUUCGGCCAUCGACUAAGGCCUCCCGGCCGUAUUCGGAUGCUAAGACGCUGUAUAAGCCUGGGGAAGGGGAGUUCUAG